AAAACUCCCUUCUUCUCAGUCUCACUCCCUUCCAAAACCCAGCCAGAUAAGGAACAAAACCUCGUUCCUCAUUUCAAUAAAAGGGGAAAUCCCCUUUCACCUACCAAACAACCUAUUCACUCUGAAAAUUGGCUACAAAAAUGGCAAACCUAAGAACAGCAAUGGAUGCUGCAUUUUGGGACCUAAAUAUAUCAACCCCACAAGCUCUUGAUGGCAUUUCCAGGGCGGUGCCUGGGGAACCCAUACCAUUGGAUUUUACCAGGGCUAGUAAAGCCCUAAGAAUCCAACAGCUCUCUUUCCUUGGACAUGGGUUUCCUUUGGGGAUUAUCCCAUCUUACUCCCCCUCCGCCAAUCAUAAAGAAUUGGGAUCUUUUGCCCUCCAGUCUCUUCUGGGCAAGGCCGCCUUCGGCAACUGGUGGCUUGGAUUAAUUGGACAAUUUCGUCCCAAGAAGUUAAUAUCUUCUAUCAGCGCAGAGAUACGCGGUGCAGAUGAAUGGGAGCUGCCUUUAGUUAAAGAUGUAGCAAAGCAUUUCCUAGACAAAUCACUUUAUGCACUUGGCCUAUGCUCUCAAAUAUCGUUAACAUCAUCAUCAUCCUUACUGUUGAGCACUGAAAAACACGGUGAGAGGAAGGGCCGCCGCACCAGAGCUAUGCUUCUACACAAGGCAAGAUCUUGACUGCUAGUUUCUUCCAUACAGGAGCAUGUUUUGUGAUCUAAUUUAAAAUAAAAAAAAAAAAAAAAAAAAAUUUUCCAAUCAGUAUCCUUAGACUGUUCAUCCCUUGUUUCUGAAUCUGGAUUGCGAUAUCGUUUUGGAAUCCAUAGAAAUAGUUGUCCUCCUCAUGCUGUUGAUUCCUCUGAUAGCGAGACACCACUUACUUUAAUGCCUGGGGUGUGUGUCAAAGCCGCCUUUUCUUAUGAAAAGAACAAAGACCUGUGGAGGCAAAAGGAAAAAAAAGAGGAUGUCAUAAUAGAGACAGACCAGGGCCGAUUUUGGCGACCUUCAUAUGAUAUUCGUCUCAGAGAGCCUCAUGCAGCGGUAUCUGGAAUUAUAGGGGGUACUUGUGCGGCAUGGUUUGGAGGUGGAAAACAUUUGCCCGCCGUUGAGUCAACGGAAGGCGCAGACAGCAUUUCUUCAGGUGCUAAGAGUAGAAGUUGUUUUGGGGUCGAUUUAUUUGGCUCAGCUUGCUACACUUUUCAACAUGGAAAGUUCAGAGAGCUGUUUGGAGACCUCACCAGAGUAGACGCUCGCCUGGAUAUUUCUUCAGCUUCAACUUUAGCCAAAAAAGUUUCAAACCUUUUCCGCAGUGCAUCGAAUAAUGGUGCACCAAAUUUACUGUCUUCUAUUGGACUUAAUUUGAUAUUUCAGCAGCAGGUUGCUGGCCCCAUUGUUUUUCGAGUAGAUUCCAAGUUUUCGCUCGAUUCAUCUUCCGGAAGGCACGGCCCACAACUGGAAGAUCUGGUAUACAGCUUGAAUUACUCUUUAAGGCUCCUAAGGUCUGGGAAGGUGGUCGCAUGGUAUUCUCCGAAGAGGAAAGAAGGGAUGAUUGAGCUACGACUGUUUGAAUUCUAACUCUUGCCUCUAAAUCUUUACGUAGUUUAGGGCAGUUUUAGAUUUUAAAUACCAUUCGUGUUACUGUCUUGUGGUGGGAAACUUAUUCUGGCUAGUGUCUCACUUCCACAUACUUUGAGUGGUGGUCUAUAUUCACAUACAUCUUUCUAUCGUGGUUUAUUUUUCAUUUACAAUUUA